UCUAUUUUUCUCAAUCUUCUUUCACUGCAGGAUUCCUCCAUAAGCCACCAGGUUCCCGGUUGGCCAAUCCUCAUCUUCCUUGCUGGCUCCAUGUCGUGUCUCGCCUUCAGUGCCACCUCCCACCUCCUCGCCUGCCAUUCCCGCCGCCUCAACCUCUUCUUCUGGCGCCUCGACUACGCCGGCAUCUCCAUCAUGAUCAUCUCCUCCUUCUUUCCCGCAAUCUACUACGCCUUCCUCUGCCACCCUCUCCCUCGCCUCAUCUACCUCUCUUCCAUCACAACCCUCGGCUCCCUCGCCAUCAUCACUCUACUUUUCCCCGUUUUCUCUUCCCCCGGCUUCCGCCCCUUUCGCGCCGCUCUCUUCCUCGCCAUGGGCUUCUCCGGGCUCAUCCCCGCCGCCCACGCGCUCGCCAUUAACUGGGAACACGGCGCCGCCCACAUCUCUAUCGUAUUAGAACUCACCAUGGCCGCCGCCUACGCGGUCGGAGCGGUGGUAUACGUUAGUAGGGUGCCGGAGCGGUGGCGGCCGGGGCUUUUUGAUAUUGCAGGGCAUAGUCAUCAGAUCUUCCAUGUGUUUGUGCUUUUGGGAGCUUUGAUGCACUAUGCCGCGAUCGUUGUGAUGGUGAAUUGGAGGGUGGCCGGGCCGGGAUGCGCUGGAAUUUGAGCGUAAAAAGAAAAAUUGCAUCGAAUAUUAUGAUGUAAUUUGUAUUAGGACGGGCUUUGUUUGAGAGAGAGAGAUUUGCAUUCCUUUCUAUAAGAUCUUAGUAUCUAAGAUAUGAAAAUGUGUGGAAAUAUCUGUUUUAAUGAUAUUUUCCCAAUGUCAUUCUAAGUAGUUAUAUAAAUAAAUAUGAUUUGUUUAGAUAAAUAGAUUUUAGCCGAUCAUUUUUAUUUAUUUAUUUUUAUUUUGGGGCAAUUACAUUAAGAUCACCUGGAACUUGCUAUUUAUAGACCAGCCAUUCUCUUUCAUUUA